AGCCAUUUCCUCCUGGGGCCCUUCUGCCUCUUAUUCUGUGCCUUGCUCCAUGACACACCGGAGCCCUGGCACUGCUCCUUUUCCAACUCUUUUGGAGUUCCCGGGGUGGAGGGAAAGGGAAUCAGCAGAAUCUCAUCUUGAGGAGGUUGUGCGGAGCUGCUGACCAGGAUGCUGGCGUUCAGGCUGGGUGACCACGUGUGGCUGAACCCUCCCUCUGCCAGUAAGACCAGCGUGGCCAUCGGAGGCAUCAUCAAAGAAACAAAGCCAGGCAAGAUCUUGGUUGAGGAUGACGAGGGCAAGGAGCACUGGAUCAAAGCAGAGGACCUUGGUGCCCUCAGCCCCAUGCAUCCCAACUCAAUUCAGGGUGUGGAUGACAUGAUCUGCUUGGGAGACUUGCACGAGGCGGGUAUUGUGCACAACCUUCUGAUCCGCUACCAGCAGCAUAAGAUCUAUACAUACACAGGAUCCAUCCUGGUGGCAGUGAACCCAUUCCAGCUGCUGCCGCUGUACACCCUGGAACAGGUACAGCUCUACUAUGGCCGCCAUGUGGGAGAGCUGCCCCCACACGUCUUUGCCAUCGCAAACAGCUGCUACUUUAACCUGAGGAAGAACAAGCAGGACCAAUGCUGUGUCAUCAGCGGUGAGUCAGGGGCUGGAAAGACAGAGAGCACCAAGCUCAUCCUGCAGUUCCUGGCCACUGUCAGUGGCCAGCACUCGUGGAUCGAACAGCAGGUCCUAGAGGCCAACCCCAUCUUGGAAGCCUUUGGAAAUGCCAAGACAAUACACAAUGACAACUCAAGCCGCUUUGGGAAAUACAUCGACAUCUACAUCAACUCCAGCGGGGUGAUCGAGGGCGCCCGGAUCGAGCAGUUCCUCCUGGAGAAGUCCCGGGUGUGCCGGCAGGCCCCAGACGAGCGCAACUACCACAUCUUCUACUGCAUGCUCAUGGGCAUGAGCGGGGAGGAGAAGAAGCUGCUGGACCUAGGCACACCCUCUGAGUACCACUACCUGACCAUGGGAAACUGUACAUCCUGUGAGGGCCUCAGUGACUCCAAGGACUACGCUCACAUCCGCUCAGCCAUGAAGAUCCUCCAGUUCUCUGACUCGGAGAGCUGGGAUAUCAGCAAGCUUCUGGCCGCCAUUCUCCACCUCGGGAACAUAGAGUUUAUAGCUGCCAUCUUUGAGAACCUGGACUCUUCUGAAGUGAUGGAAACGCCCACCUUCCUUGCCGUGAUGAGGUCACUGGAGGUGCAGCGCCAGCCCCUCCUGGACUGUCUGACCAGGCACACCAUCCUCAUCCGUGGGGAGGAGGUCGCCAGGCCCCUGAACAUUGCCCAGGCUGCUGACCGCAGGGACGCCUUUGUCAAGGGCAUCUAUGGUCAUCUCUUCCUUUGGAUUGUCAAGAAGAUCAAUGCUGCCAUCUUCACACCACCAGCCCAGGACCCCAAAAAUGUGCGAAGGGCCAUCGGCCUCCUGGAUAUAUUUGGCUUUGAAAAUUUCCAGCACAAUAGCUUUGAGCAGCUCUGCAUCAAUCUUGCCAAUGAGCACCUGCAGCAGUUCUUUGUGAAGCAUGUAUUUGCCAUGGAGCAGGAGGAGUAUCGCUCAGAGAACCUCACCUGGGACUACAUCCACUACACUGACAACCAGCCCACCCUGGACUUGCUGGCUCUGAAGCCCAUGAGUGUCAUCUCCCUCCUAGAUGAAGAGAGCCGCUUCCCAAAGGGGACAGAUCUCACCAUGUUGCAAAAACUGAACAGUGUCCAUGCCAACAACAAGGCUUUCCUGAAACCCAAGAACAUCCAUGAUGUCAGAUUUGGCAUUGCCCACUUUGCUGGUGAGGUGUACUACCAAGUGGAAGGCUUCCUGGAGAAGAACCGAGAUGUGCUAAGCAUGGAUAUUCUCACCCUGGUUCACUCCUCCAAAAACAAGUUCCUGAGGCAGAUAUUCAAUCUGGAGUCAGCAGAGACCAAGCUGGGCCGUGGCACCAUCCGUCAGGCAAAGACAAGCAGCCAGCUCUUCAAGCAGUCUGCAGACUCUGCCAAGCGGCCCUCCACCCUGGCGGGCCAGUUCAAGCAGUCACUGGAGCAGCUAAUGAAAAUCCUGGCCAGAUGCGAGCCCCACUUCAUCCGCUGCAUCAAACCCAACAAGUAUAAGAAGCCAUUGCUCUUCGACAGGGAGCUGUGCCUCCAGCAGCUGCACUACUCAGGCAUGAUGGAGACCGUGCUCAUCCGCAAGUCGGGCUUCCCUGUCCGCUACACGUUUGAGGAGUUUGCAAAGAGGUUCCGAGUGCUACUGACCAGCACCCAGCGUGCUCAGCUUCAAGAUAAUUUCCGUGAGAUGACCCUGAGCAUCACUAACCUGUAUUUGGAGACAGACAAGGACUGGAAAUUGGGAAAGACCAAAGUCUUCCUGAAGGACCACCAGGACACACUGCUGGAGGUACAGAGGAGCCAGGCCUUGGACGAAGCAGCGGUCAGAAUCCAGCGGGUCCUGCGAGGCUACAAAUAUAGGAAGGAGUUCCUGAAGCAGAAGAAGGCAGCUGUGACCAUCCAGGCCAGGUGGCGAGGCUACUGCAACAGGAGGAAUUUCAAGCUGAUCCUGUUGGGCUUUGAACGCCUGCAGGCCACUGCCCGGAGCCACAUACUGGUGAGACAGUUCCAGGCCAUGCGGCAGAGAAUGGUACAACUGCAGGCCCACUGCAGGGGCUACCUGGUGCGCCAGCAGGUCCAGGCGAAAAGGAGGGCUGUGGUCGUCAUCCAGGCACAUGCCAGGGGCAUGGCUGCUCGGCGGUGCUUCCAGCAACAGAAAGCCAGCUUGGGUGGUCAUGCAGCUUCUCGACAGGUGUGUGUGCAGGGACCUGCAACCAUCCCAGCUGAAGAGCAGAAGGACCGAAGAAGUGCUCUCCCCACCAAGAAGCGCAAGUCCAUCUAUGACACUGUCAAUGACACAGAGAUGGUAGAGAAAGUGUUUGGCUUCCUUCCGUCCAUGAUCGGGGGCCAGGAAGGCCAGGCUCCAGAGUGCUUUGAGGAUCUGGAAACCAAAAGCCCCAAACUGCCUAAGACUAUCCUAGAAACCAACACUCCAAAACUGUCUGAGAUUGAUCUGGACACAGUCCCCAUUGUGCAGAAGCUGGAAGAGGACACAGAUGGUCUAGCAGAGUAUACCUUUCCCAAGUUUGCUGCGACUUACUUCCAGAAAUCAGCCAGCCACACACACAUCCGACGUCUCCUCCGCUACCCCCUGCUCUACCACGAUGACGACACUGACUACGGGGCUGCCCUGGCCGUGUGGCCCAUCAUCCUGAGGUUCAUGGGUGACCUCCCGGAGCCGGUGCUGUAUGCCAAGAACAGCGUGCAGGGCGGCCCAGUCAUGCGGCAGAUCCACGCCACACUGAGCCAGGAGGGCACGGCUCAGGGGCCCAGACACAGCGGGUCUGUGCAGACAGUAAGCCGCAAGGACAGAGGGAACAAGGACAUCUCCUCCAGGAAGCUGAAGCAGUCCUCCCGGGUCACAGGCCAGGUGGCCAACCAACUGGGUACGGAAGAGGAGGUGUUCGACCCCAAUGGCCCCAUCUCAGACAGACCCAUGUCCAACCUGGAGAAGGUGCACUUCAUUGUGGGCUACGCCAUUCUCCGGCCUGGCCUCAGGGAUGAGAUUUACUGCCAGAUCUGCAAGCAGCUCUUGGAGAACCCUAAAUCGAGCAGCCAGGCACGGGGCUGGAUCCUGCUCAGCCUCUGCCUGGGCUGUUUCCCACCCUCUGAGCGGUUCCUGAAGUACCUGCUGAAUUUUAUUAACCGUGGGCCAGCCAGCUAUGGGCCCUUCUGUGCAGAGCGCCUGCAGCGCACCUGUGCUAAUGGGGUGCGCAUGGAGCCACCCACCUGGCUGGAGCUACAGGCCGUCAAGUCCAAGAAGCACAUCCCCAUCCAAGUGAUUCUGGUGACGGGACAGAACCUGACCGUCAUGGUGGACUCAGCCUCCACAUCACGGGAAGUCUGCCUGCACAUAGCCCAGAAGCAGGACCUCACCGACCACCUGGGCUUUUCCCUCCAGGUUGCCGUGUAUGACAAGUUCUGGUCCCUGGGCAGUGGGCGAGACCAUGUGAUGGACGCCGUGGCUCAGUGUGAACAGCUGGCCCAGGAGCGGGGUGAGAGCCAGCGCCAGUCGCCCUGGCGCAUCUACUUCCGGAAGGAGUUCUUCACCCCCUGGCAUGACAGCCAGGAGGACCCCAUCAGCACCAAGCUCAUCUACCGCCAAGUCCUCCAUGGAGUCUGGUCUGGCGAGUACAGCUUUGAGAAGGAGGAGGAGCUAAUCGAGCUGCUGGCCCGGCACUGCCAUGUACAGCUCGGUGCCUCAUCAGGGAGCAAUGCUAUCCAGGAUCUGCUGCCUAGCUGCAUCCCCCCCAAGCUGUACAAGACCAAGACCCCAGAGAAGUGGACUAGCCUUGUCACUGCUGCCCAAGCCAAGGCCCCGUACACCAAGACGGGAGCUACGGCACUGGAGGUACGGCAGCAGGUGGUGGACACUGCCCGCCUGCAGUGGCCACUGCUCUUCUCUCGGCUCUUCGAAGUCACCACGCUCUCUGGGCCCCGGCUCCCCAAGACACAGCUGGUCUUGGCCGUUAACUGGAAGGGGAUAAACUUCCUGGACCAGCGAGAGAGGACAGUGCUGGAACUCUCCUUCCCAGAGAUCACAAGUCUGGUCACUGACAGGGAGGCCUGGGGUGGGCAGAGGCUGCUGCUCUCCACCCUGCAUGGAGAAGAGUACGAGUUCACCACCCCCAGCAGUGUGGCCAUCACCGAGCUGGUGGCACUGUUUCUGGAGGGCCUGAAGGAGAGGUCCGUGUUCGCCAUGGCCCUGCAGGACCAGAAGGCCACAGACGAUGUCACCCUCCUGCCCUUCAAGAAGGGGGACUUGCUGGUCCUGACCAAGAAGCAAGGACUGCUGACCUCUGAGAACUGGACGUUGGCUCAGAACGAUAGGACAGGCAAGACAGGGCUCGUGCCUACGGCCUGCCUCUAUGCCAUCCCCACGGUGGUCAAGCCCUCCGCCCAGCUGCUGAGUUUGCUGGCCAUGUCACCGGAGAAGAGGAAGCUGGUGGCCCAGGAGGGGCCCUCAGAGCUGCUGCCUGAGGAGCAGCCCAAGGAGAAGCCGCAUACUCUGGAGGAGUUCUCCUACAAGUUCUUCAGGGCCCCAGAGAAGGAGACCAUCAGCAGAGCCAUGAUGCCCCUGGCCCGCACUCGGGGUCACCUGUGGUCCUACUCCUUGGAGCCGCUGCGGCAGCCGCUGCUCAAGCAAGUCCAUGACAAAGCUGACCUGCGGGACAUUGCCUGCCAGAUCUUCCUUGCCAUCCUCAAGUAUACAGGUGACUACCCCUCUCGGCAGGCCUGGUCCACUCUGCAGCUCACGGACCAGAUCUUCUCAUCGGCCCUGCAGGAACCAGCCCUGCAGGAUGAGGUCUACUGCCAGAUCCUCAAGCAGCUGACCCACAAUGCCAACAGGCACAGUGAGGAGCGGGGAUGGCAGCUGCUGUGGCUCUGCACUGGCCUCUUCCCCCCUGGCAAGGCGCUGCUGCCCCAUGCCCAGAAGUUCAUAGACACUCGGAGGAGGAAGAAGCUGGCUUCCGACUGCAGCCGCCGCAUCCAGGUGGUGCUGAGGACAGGGCCCCGGAAGCAGCCCCCGCACCAAGUCGAGGUGGAAGCCACUGAGAAGAACAUCUCCCGAAUCUGCCACAAGAUCUACCUCCCCAACGACACCAGUGAGAUGCUGGAGGUGGGAACCAACCACCGAGUGCGAGAAGUGUGUGAGGCCAUUGCCACCAAGCUGCAGCUGGCCUCCUGGGAAGGCUGCAGUCUCUUCAUCAAGAUUGCAGACAAGGUCAUCAGCCAGAAGGAAGGAGAUUUCUUCUUUGACUCCCUGAGGCAGGUGUCUGACUGGGUGAGAAGGAACAAGCCCCAGAAAGAAGGGGCCGCGGCAACGCUCCCCUAUCAGGUGUACUUCAUGCGGAAACUGUGGCUCAAUGUGGUCCCGGGGAAGGACAUGAAUGCAGACACCAUACUGCAUUACCACCAGGAGCUGCCUAAGUACCUGCGAGGGUUCCACAAGUGUUCCCGGGAAGAUGCCGUCCACCUGGCUGGCCUCAUCUACAAGGCUCAGUUUGACAAUGACCAGUCCCAGCUGUCGAGUGUCCCCAAGAUCCUGAGGGAUCUGGUGCCUGAGAACCUCACACGUCUGAUGUCCUCAGAGGAGUGGAGAAAGAGCCUCCUCCUCGAAUGCAAUAAGCACCGCAACAAGACAGUACAGGAGGCCAAGGUGGCUUUCCUCAAGUACAUCUGCCGCUGGCCCACUUUUGGCUCUGCCUUCUUUGAGGUGAAGCAAGCCUCGGAGCCCUCCUAUCCAGACAUUGUCCUCAUCGCCAUCAACAGACAUGGGGUGCUGCUCAUCCACCCCAAGUCCAAGGAGCUGCUCACCACCUACCCCUUCACCAAGAUCUCCAGCUGGAGCAGCGGCAGCACCUACUUCCACAUGGCGCUGGGGAGCCUGGGCCGCGGCAGCCGCCUGCUGUGUGAGACCUCUCUGGGCUACAAAAUGGAUGACCUGCUGAGCUCCUAUGUACAGCAGAUCCUGAACGUGGUGAACAGGCAUCGAGGCUCCCAGGCCACUGCCCUAGCUGUCCUCUAGGAGUAGCCGGACCCCAGCUGCCCACUUGGUCACCUUUGGCCUGGGUCUCACUAGCUCAAAGCCUGGCCUCUGCAUGAAGCCUUCCACACCAUCCUCUCCCACAGCUCCACCCCGCCCAGCUCCCAGACACCCCUUCCUGAGCAGUGACCAUGGCCCCACCCCCUAAAGGAGGCUCAGGCUUCCAGUAUCACGAUGGUCGGCUCCCCCGAAUGCUCAAUAAAACCUAUGUGGCAUGAA